AUGAGGACUAAGGAUCCCAGUAAUGUCGAUUCAACUCGCUUUCCGAAGUUGGGCCGAGUAAUCCUAUCUGUACCCGAAGACGAUGCAAGACUAAGAUGCGGACCGUCAGUAAGAGGGUGCUUGAAGGGGCUAGGUGACAGAACUGAAGGUAGCGCAGACACUAGUCGUGGCAAAGGAGCAGCGCGGCGGCGGGCUGCCAGAGAGGGCGAAGCUGAUGAAUCCAAGGAAAGGCGCUCACUCGCGAUACCUGCUUCGCAUUUAAAAGCACUACCAGAUUGUGGGGCCUCACCAUACUGA